AUGGCCAUUACCCCGCUGGUCUUCGCUCAGACCCAGAAGGAUAACACUAGGGUAUGGGCCGUGAUUGCUUAUGUUCAUCAUGGCGAAAGCGUUCCCAGCCUCAGCACUCGCCCGGCUGUGCUCACUCCAGAGGGUGCUCAGCAAAUGGCGAGGCAAGGCGCAGCUUUCCGAUCCCGAUACCUGAAUCAGACAUCCUCCAGUGGGGGCAAUUCAACCACUAACUCGACCGGGUUGGCACCUAUCUAUGACAUUCAGCUAGCUGCUCUGGAUAACUCUAAGCUCACAGUGAUGGCUGCUGAAGAGGAAGCUUCUGUUGGGAGUGCUCUGGCGUUUCUUCAGGGACUGUACCCACCAGUCACACAAGAGUACAGUACACUUGCCGGCGGAGAUGAGAUAGCGCACAACUUUGCAAGAAACAGUUCUGCAUUAGUUGACUAUCCCUUGGGUGGGUACCAAUAUCCCAAGCUGCAGGUACCAGCCACGUCCGAUAGGAACUCUCCAAGUAUUCAAGGAAAUGUUGGGUGCACCAAAUGGACAGCAGCAGCAAAUUCUACUCUGCGGAAGCGGCAAGACAUGAAAGAUCUGUACGAUGAGAGUGCCUCUUUAUAUCAGGAUCUUUUCUCAUCCGGGCCAUUAAAGGGUGUCGUCACCAAUGAAACCGCCAAUUUCUGGAAUGCAUAUGAGAUUUACGACUACGUCAACUACUUGUAUCUUCACAACGAAACUACUCAUGAGGGGCUUGUAAAUGCGAAUGAAACAUUGACGAACCUCAAGUCAUACGCGUAUGCGAUCCAACGUGGAAAAUAUACCGAGUCGACAGAUGAGACGGAUGAUGCAAGGAACCAACUCUACACCGUUGCCGGACGAACCCUAGCAUCGAAAAUUGUCAGCCAAUUUGAAAAUGUGAUUGCCAACAGCGCAAAGCAGAAUAAGUUAACCUUGAUGUUUGGCUCCCCCGAGCCCAUGCUAUCCUUCUUCUCCAUAAGCGGAUUGAUCAACCGAGAAAACGUCAGAUCCGGCGCCUUCUCCAGUCUUCCGGAACCUGGCUCAGCCAUGAUCUUUGAGCUCGUUGGAGACGUGCCCAGGAAGUACGAGACAAAUCUCGACCCCGAAAAGCUGCAGAUUCGAUUCCGAUAUCGCGCCAGUGCUGAUGAGGACGAGGAAUUUACAGAUUAUGCUCUGUUCAAUUCCGGAUACGGGGCAUCCACAGUUUCAUACAUCACCUUCUCUCGACAGCUGUCAAACAAGAGUGUCAAUUCUACGGAGUGGUGUAACGUCUGCGGCUCUACCACAGCCUCAUGGUGCGGACUCUCCUCAGCCUCGGAUGAAACCGACAGCAGUGGCAUGUUCACCAAGAAACAAAGCAUACAUCCGGCCAUUGCUGGCGUAAUUGGGGCUCUGGUCAUGGCUGCGGUGAUGGGACUCGUCGCGUUGGCUCUGUACAUGGUAGCCGGUUUCCGACUGCGCCGCGCGGGAGCAGAUGAACGAAAAAUGACAUUCGGCGGGUUUAAGCGUGAGGAGAAGAAACCUAGCGACACUGAUGUUAAUGUGACGCACGAGGGUAUGCACCAUGAGCGCGUAGGUAGCUGGGAGCUUCGCGGUCACGAACCGCCCAUUCCGGGUUUGGGAGGGGUUAUCACUAAGAACUUCUCACGGUCAAUCACCAGGAGGGUUGAUGAUGAUGAUGAUGAUGAUGACCAGAUUAGCAUACUGGGUGCUAAGCCUGCUGCCGUGCGAGAGGCACUGUAG